AUGGCCGAAGUACCACCCGAGCAGAUCACGGCGAAAUUUGGAGGCAAGCCGAAUUUCUUCGCCCAAACCGCCAGCGGCUCUAAUGACUCGAAAGACAACAGUGCGACUGGAAAUGCCCAACUACCAAAAGGCGUAGUCCUGGACAAGGAUGGCAAGCCUUGCCGAACAUGUACAUCAAUGUCCUCCUGGCGCGCCCUAACAAAACAAGCCAAAUCCGACCCCUCCGCAACCACACCAUCAAGCACAAGCACAAGCACAAACACAACCUCCACAGCCCCCCUCGCAGCCCCCGCAACUUCACCUGCAAGCUCAAUACCCUCCGACUGCCCUCCGGAUGUCGAAGCACUGGGCCGCUCAACCUGGACCCUUCUCCACUCAAUGGCAGCAACAUACCCAGAGAAAGCAGACACAAAGCAGCAAGAGGAUAUGGGCGGGUUCUUGAAACUUUUCUCCCGACUGUAUCCGUGCUGGGUAUGCGCGGAUGAUUUCCAGGGCUGGAUGGCGCACCCGAGUGGGAAUAACAAGCCCAAGCUUGGCGGGCGGAAGGAGUUUGGAUGGUGGAUGUGUGAGGCGCAUAAUGAGGUUAAUCGGAAGUUGGGGAAGCCGGAGUUUGAUUGUCGGUUUUGGGAGGAGAGGUGGAGGUCUGGGUGGAAGGAUGGGAGGUGUGAUUGA